AUGUCCGAUAGUCUGGAUAUUGAAGAGAAACCUCCAGCCCCUCCGUUGAGAAUGAACAGCAACAAUCGUGAUUCUUCAGCGUUGAACCACAGCUCCAAACCGCUCCCCAUGGCCCCAGAAGAGAAGAACAAGAAGGCCAGGCUGCGCUCCAUCUUCCCAGGAGGAGGGGAUAAAACCAAUAAGAAGAAGGAGAAAGAGCGUCCUGAGAUCUCUCUUCCUUCAGAUUUUGAACAUACGAUUCAUGUGGGGUUUGAUGCAGUCACCGGGGAAUUCACUGUAAGUAACCUCCAUAUUGCACCUUCAUUAAGUCUCCCAGUUCCUUGUCAGGAGGGAAAAAAAAUGCCAGAUCUCUAUGGCUCACAGAUGUGCACAGGGAAGCUCCCAGAGGGAAUUCCAGAGCAGUGGGCCAGGCUGUUACAGACCUCCAAUAUAACAAAACUAGAGCAAAAGAAGAAUCCACAAGCUGUUUUAGAUGUUCUCAAAUUCUACGAUUCCAAAGAGACCGUUAACAACCAGAAAUACAUGAGCUUUACUUCAGGAGAUAAGAGCGCCCACGGAUACAUAGCAGCCCAUCCUUCGAGCACAAAAACUGCAUCAGAACCCCCUUUAGCUCCCCCAGUUUCAGAAGAAGAGGAUGAAGAUGAAGAAGAAGAAGAAGAUGACAAUGAACCUCCACCUGUUAUUGCACCACGACCUGAGCAUACAAAAUCAAUCUACACUCGGUCUGUAAUUGAACCUGUUGCUGCACCAGCACUAGUUAAAGAGGCUACGACCCCUCAGCCUGAGAACUCAAACACCAACACUUUGUACAGAAACACGGACCGGCAACGAAAAAAAUCCAAGAUGACGGAUGAAGAGAUCCUAGAGAAAUUGAGAAGCAUUGUGAGUGUUGGUGACCCUAAGAAGAAAUAUACACGAUUUGAAAAAAUUGGUCAAGGGGCAUCGGGUACUGUUUAUACAGCAAUAGACAUUGCCACAGGACAAGAGGUGGCCAUAAAGCAAAUGAAUCUCCAGCAGCAGCCUAAAAAGGAACUAAUUAUUAAUGAAAUCCUGGUCAUGAGGGAAAAUAAGAACUCUAAUAUUGUUAACUAUUUAGACAGCUACCUAGUAGGCGAUGAACUUUGGGUAGUUAUGGAAUACUUGGCAGGAGGCUCUUUAACGGACGUUGUUACUGAGACCUGUAUGGAUGAAGGACAGAUAGCAGCUGUGUGUAGGGAGUGCCUGCAAGCGCUGGAUUUCUUACAUUCAAACCAAGUGAUCCAUAGAGACAUCAAGAGUGACAACAUUCUUCUCGGGAUGGAUGGAUCUGUCAAAUUGACUGAUUUUGGGUUUUGUGCUCAGAUCACACCUGAGCAGAGCAAACGGAGCACAAUGGUGGGGACUCCCUACUGGAUGGCACCGGAAGUAGUGACAAGGAAAGCAUAUGGCCCCAAAGUUGACAUCUGGUCCUUAGGGAUCAUGGCAAUAGAAAUGGUGGAAGGAGAACCCCCGUACCUUAAUGAAAAUCCUCUCAGGGCUUUGUAUCUGAUAGCUACUAAUGGAACCCCAGAACUUCAGAAUCCUGAGAGACUCUCUGCUGUGUUCCGAGACUUUCUGAACCGCUGUCUGGAAAUGGACGUAGACAGACGAGGGUCUGCCAAGGAGCUUUUACAGCAUCCAUUUUUGAAAUUAGCCAAGCCUCUCUCCAGCCUGACUCCUCUCAUCAUUGCAGCAAAGGAAGCAAUUAAGAACAGCAGCCGCUAG